AAACGACCAGGUAUGAAUAACAAACACUACCUUUCGUAAAUAACAAUUCAAUAAAAGGAGAAAAAACAAGAAGAAUCGCAUGCCUUUUAACACAUAAAGCCCUAUAUAGAUAUUAAUUUCUACCAGAAAAAAAGAAUGAAUAAGUAAAAUGGAAACUGCAGAUACUGAAAAAAUCAUCACUUUACUAGAAAGACUCAAAACCAGUAGUGAGAAUAUCAGUGAGGAUGAACUGAUAUCUAUAUUAAGCACAACAGUAAAAUCAUGUCAUGUUCCUUGCCGUGAUGCCCCAGAGGAUGUCCCUUAUGAUGCCACAGAGUUUGAAAAUGUGGCAAGGGAAGCAGAGAUGCACCUCUGCAUCCUUCUGCGACUCUUGGACUCCAUUAACAAAGCAAAGAAAGAGGGACAGAAAUUUUCACCACAGUUUUUAAAGGGUGUCAUUGUUGGUUGUGUGAGUGUAGCCUGUGAAUACCGGGACAGCAGCUGGGAAUGGAGUAACGAGCAGGCAGCUAUAACUUCCAGAGAUAUCUUGAACAAGCUGUGCGAUUUUUGUGAGUGUGACAACUUGCAGGUAUUACUUACUGGAAGACAAGUUGCAGAAGACAGCAAAGAAGAUGUAGAUGUCAAAAGAAAAGAAACAGAUGAUGAAGACUUUGAAGGUUAUAUGAAAUUUGUGCUGGAAAAACUCUCAGAAUCAUUGAAAAAGACAACCUGGAAAUCCUACCCAGCUGUGAAGAUGGUGUAUCUGUACAUGUUGGAACUUCUUGAUCAUAGAAGCAUUAGCAAACACCUGCCGUACCUACUUCCACCAGCACUUUUCAUCACGGAUGACUGGGAGAGGAGCAACAAAGCUCUGGGACUCUCAGCUCUUCGUCAUAUUCUGACCAACGCUCCCAGCUCGGAACUUCGGUUUUAUGGACGUGCAGCAGUUAUUUUCGAUGCCCUAAAACCUCACCUCUUUGCUAGGGAAGUUGAGGUUUUGGAUGAGCUCUAUCCUACCAUCUUAGAAGCAGCCAAGGUCUUAGAGGCAGAUCCUUCCCAUGCAGGAAAGCUGAGGAGUCAAACUCACUAUGAGGUUAUCCUGGAGCAGUUGCUAAGAGAAAUGUAUGGUGAGCAAAAACUGGCACUGCGUUCACUCUACUCUCGAACACUUCCAGAGGUGAUAGCAGCUAUGGGGAUAGUUGCAGUGAGAUGGUCACAGGAUCUGAUGCAGAUUUUCCAAGAUUAUUUGGCAACUUAUGAUGGACAAGAGGCAGAAGACAGAAUCAAUAUCUUGAAGGGCAUCAAAAGGUAUGUGCAAGAGUGCUGGCCACAAGUCCAUGUGAAUAUUCCAGACAUUACAAAGAUGCUAGUACGUCUGGUUUAUGAUGUCACAGAUGAAGACUCUGAUGUGGAGCCAAAGGCAAUAAACAUAAUCAAACAAAAUAAGAACAAUUUGGGAUUAAUAAUAAAUAUAGAAUCCUUUGGUUUAUGUAAUAUUUUCCCCAUCCCCUAAAUGACAGGUAACACUCC